GCCGAACAGGGGAAGUACAGUGUGAAGGAGAUGGUCGACAUAAUAAAAAUCGACCGGAUUAUGCUGAGGCUAUGGCACUACGUGGAGUUUGAGCACGAGGAAAUGGAGAAGGAGGAGUGGAAUAUCAGAUCGUCGUUCUUCAGGUCCAAGCGACAAUUGUUGGAGGAGUACUCGGACAAAGGUCACGACGAAAAGCUUUGGAACGAGAGCAGAAAGUUCUUCAACGACAACACCUACGUCAACAAGUGCCCUCAGUAUCUAGGGUGUCAACAUGACAACAACGUCAAGAAAACCGUUGCCCUCCUUAACGACCCGCAUUUCCUGGCGGAGUGGAAACGUGUGGUGCUAUCGAUGAUCACCGGAGACCACGCACAAAGCAAAAAAGGCCCUUGGGGCGUUGAUGAAUGCAUCAACAUUUUCUGGAGGAGGACAAGCGCCGUGACAACGCUGGCCCCGUUUGUCAUCGACCCAUUGAAUGCCAUGGACCAUAAGGACGCACUGGGAAAACUGGGGCAUCAGUUGCGCUCUCACACUUGCGUGCUGGACUUGUGCGGAACUGUGGAUCGGUCGCGCUGGGAUUCUGGAGCAUUCGCGUCUCUCAGUGAGUUCCUGGGCAUCGUUUGUCAGGACUACUGGACAUUGGUGGUAUUCGUUCCAUGCCUGUGGAACCUCUCCUUCAUGACAUCUUUGUUUGCGCUUGGGGCUACCCGAUGCUACACGGGGAAGUGGGUUCGCAAGACGCCGGCGAAGAAGACGCAUCAGUUCGGAAACAGCCUGUGGGAGGAGCCGGAUGUUAUGCACAUCCUUUUCAAAGGCGACGAUCCGCGGCUGCUGACUCGUCUGGUAUACGAGGGAACUGUUUCCGAAGACGAUGCGGCCGCUCUCCGGAGGAAGCAGAAAGUCACACCCACGGAUGUGGAGGAGAAGCCUUUCAAGUCCUUGCAUUUCGUGAACUUUGGGAACCUCACCCAGAGGGGGGUUGUGUACAAGGAAUUCGAGAGGUAUCCUAAUCAGUUAUGCAAUCAACUUCUUUUCUUCUGUGGUGUGGUGGAUGCUGUGCUGUUCUUGGGCAAUCCGCACGCGCAAGUGGUGUGGAAUCUGCUUCACCAGGGACGGCACAUCUUGGCCUUAGAGGGGGACUCAACGCAGCUCGAAUUUAUCGUGCAAUUUGUUCACCAUGAAGUCCAGUCCGGGGCUUACGCAUGUGAUUUCCACCAUGUCGUCGUCAAGCCCGUAUAUGACCCGAAUAAGGACAUGUUCUUCAACUUGACUUCGAAGAAAAGGCACCAGGUGUACUCCUUUCGUUUCGGCCAUCAACCGAAGUGGAGAGUAGACGAGCAGUUCGUGAUGUGAAAGGAAGUCGCCAUUGCAAUCC